CGCGGAUGGGUUUCUGCUUCUGGGAUACCAAACUGCAAGGAUUGCAGGAUGAAUGUGAUCUAUCCAACAGUGGCAGGUGCAACAACCCAUCAGAUUCCCGCGAAUCAGCAGAUCGUGCGCGUUAUCAAUCACUACAAACGCCUCAGCUUGGCGCAACUGCAGCACGGCGCUUUCAGGACGAAGCACGACUCACAAUCAGAGGAUUACACCUUCAUUGUAAAGAUAAAGGUUCAAGACUCCGUUCUAUGCAGUGGAGCUCUGUUGGCGCCACGGCUAGUUAUCAGCUCCGGCAGCUGCUUAAGUGGAGUUCCUUCCAGUCAGGUGCAGAUUCUCACCAGCCUAGGGACAACUCAUCCAGUGGCUAAUAUUGAAUGGCCACGAUCCUGCCGCGAACUAUAUCUAAUCACCCUGGGAACUGCCGCCGCGGGACAGCCCAUUGGUCUGUGCUCUCAGGCCCCAAAGUUGUUCGGCAAUGCCACCAUGCUGAUGACCAGCUCCGACCUUAGCUACUUUGGACUAAGGCACAGUCAGGUCGUCUCUAACCGGGAAUGUAAGAUGACCUUUCUCCAAGACGAGACCGUCUACAUCACCCCCAAUAUGCUUUGCCUGCGGAACUCACAAAAUCCAGAGAAGUGCGUCACAGAGCAGGGAGAUGCGUUAUUGGUGGAUCGUCGCUUGUGCGGAUUGAAUGUCUAUGGAUCCCGCUGUCGGGCAAACGCCCCAAACGCCGAUCUCUACAUUGAUCUGGCCAAACAUCGAACUUUACUUACACAAUUCAUACAGAAGCUGAGAGAUUAAAUCGUGAGAAAUUGC